CGGUACGUUAAAUAGAAAUACUUUAAGUAUUUCCCGCCAAAUUGUCGCUGACGAAUACUAAUUUUAUUUACAUUAAGAAUUAACGCAAAUUAUCUGAAAAAAUGGAAGGAUUCGAUGAUCCAGGAAUAUUCUUUUCUGACAAUUUUUCAGUGGGUGAUACUAAUGAAACUCAAUCACAGACCAAUCUCCAGUUUUACAAAAAGAAGUUUAUGGAAUUUAUUAGACAAUUUCACGAGGGAAACUUCAAUUAUAAAUACAGAGAUACUUUAAAGCGAAAUUACAAUCUUGGUCAGUAUUGGGUAGAAGUUAAUUUAGAAGAUUUAGCAGCUUUUGAUGAAUCUCUGGCAGAAAAAGUUUAUAAACAUCCAACAGAAUAUUUGCCAAUUCUGGAAGAAGCUGCAAAAGACUUGGCUGAUGAACUUACUGCUCCAAGACUUGAAGGUGAAGAAAAAGUGGAAGAUAUACAAGUGUUAUUGUCUUCAGAUGCACAUCCAAGUUCAUUAAGGGGAAUGAAACCCGAUGCAGUUUCUAAACUCAUCAAAAUACCUGGUAUCGUUAUUUCUGCAUCUGGAAUUAGAGCUAAAGCAACAAAGAUUGCCAUACAAUGUCGGUCGUGUAGAAGUGUACAAACCAAUAUUUCCAUUAAACCUGGCUUAGAAGGAUAUGUUUUACCCAGAAAAUGUACAACAGAACAAGCAGGUCGACCAAAAUGUCCAUUGGAUCCGUUUUUCAUAAUGCCAGACAAAUGUCACUGUGUAGAUUUUCAAGUUCUUAAAUUGCAAGAACUGCCAGAUCAUAUUCCACAAGGUGAAAUGCCACGCCAUUUACAAUUGUAUUGCGACCGUUAUUUGUGUGACAGAGUCGUACCAGGCAAUAGAGUUCUUAUUUUGGGAAUAUAUUCUAUUAAAAAGGUUACCAAAACUGGUGGUAGAGGCACAGGAAAAGAGAAACCACUGGUUGGUGUUCGAGCUCCAUAUAUAAGAGUCAUUGGUAUUUCUGUAGAUGGAGAAAAUUCAGGCAGUGGUACUCAACCAUGUGUUACAAUUGAAGAAGAAGACGUAUUUAGACGUUUAGCAGCAGAUUCUAACAUAUAUGAAAGGAUUGCAAAAAGUAUAGCUCCAAGCAUUUUUGGUGCAUUAGAUAUGAAAAAGGCCAUAGCAUGUUUAUUAUUCGGCGGAGCCAGAAAGAGAAUGCCCGACGGUCUCUGUAGAAGAGGAGACAUUAACAUUUUAAUGUUAGGUGACCCUGGCACAGCCAAAUCACAGCUACUAAAAUUUGUCGAAAGGGUCGCACCUGUAGCAGUUUAUACGUCUGGAAAAGGAAGCUCAGCUGCUGGUUUAACAGCAUCGGUCUUAAGAGAUCCGGUUACGAGAAAUUUUGUUAUGGAAGGAGGUGCUAUGGUUCUCGCGGAUGGCGGAGUUGUUUGUAUAGACGAAUUCGAUAAAAUGAAAGAGGACGACAGAGUUGCAAUACACGAAGCUAUGGAGCAACAAACAAUAUCAAUUGCGAAAGCGGGGAUCACAACAACAUUGAAUACUCGAUGUUCUGUUCUGGCGGCUGCAAAUUCUAUAUUCGGUCGUUGGGAUGAUAUAAAGGGAGAAGAGAACAUAGAUUUCAUGCCAACUAUAUUGUCGCGGUUCGAUAUGAUAUUUAUUGUUAAAGACGAACACGAUCAAAAUAAGGACGUAACAUUAGCAAAACAUGUAAUGAGCAUUCAUACUAAUGCUGGUCAGGUUACAGAACAGUCUGCAGAAGGAGAGUUGCCGUUGCAUAUACUAAAGAAAUAUAUUCAUUAUUGUAGAACACGCUGCGGCCCGAGACUUAGUGUAGAAGCAGGAGAAAAACUGAAAAAUCGUUACGUAGUAAUGCGAGCUAGCACCAAAGAGCAUGAGAAGGAUACAGAGAAGAGACUAUCUAUUCCCAUAACUGUUCGUCAGUUGGAAGCCGUUAUAAGAAUUUCAGAAUCGUUAGCUAAAAUGCAAUUACAGGCUUUUGCCACGGAGGUCCAUGUCAACGAAGCGCUAAGACUGUUUCAAGUCUCAACUUUGGAUGCUGCGAUGUCCGGAUCAUUAGCUGGAGCGGAAGGAUUUACCUCGGACGAGGAUCACGAAAUGUUAUCUCGUAUUGAGAAACAAUUGAAACGUAGAUUCCCUAUUGGGAAUCAAGUAUCAGAACAGAAUAUUGUCAAAGAUUUCGUAAAACAAGCAUAUCCGGAACGUGCGGUUUAUAAAGUUAUACACACAAUGAUACGUCGCGGGGAACUCCAACAUCGUAUGCAACGUAAAAUGUUGUACAGACUGCAUUAAAAUUUAUGAUACUAGUUCAUCUUUGAAUGGAUAAUGCGGAUGAUUUUCAACUCUAAAAGAAUUAAUUUAAGAAACGUUAUAGUGCUAUAUUUCUAUAGGAGAAUUAAACGUAUAUCAAACUUACCCUUUAAAGAAUAGGAAAUUAAAAAUUCUCCCACGUGUACCUUUGUCCAAGGUACUCAAAAGUUUCAUGUCAUCUUCGUUUAAUGCAAAAUCGAAUAAUUCAAUAUUCGCUUUGAUCCUUUCUGGAGAGGCGCUUUUCGGAAUUACAACGACGCCUAAUUGUAACAAAUAACGCAAUAAAAUUUGUGCCGUUGUUCGUUUGUAUUCUGCGCUUAAUUUUUGUACUACUGGAUGUCCCAAGAGGUCUGGAUAUUCCUCAAUACUAAUAUUGUAUUUCGUUUUGAAGUGUACUUUGGCUCCUGGAGAUGCCAAGGGACUAUAGGCAGUUACAAUAAUAUUGUGCUUUUUGCACAAUUCUCUAAUUGAAUUUUGUUGCAAGUAGGCAUGUAACUCUAUCUAAUAAUAAU